UCAAGCUUUCUUGAAAAAUAGUGCAUGUGUAUUUGGUUUUACAAUCACUUCAAUAAUGGCACCAAAUGAUACUAAUUAUUUGGAAAUAGCCCAUCAACGAGCCAUCGAAAAAAAAACUCAUGUUAGCUUCCCUCAACUUAAGUAUCCAUCGUUGAGGGAUGAAGGCUUAAAGGAUCCGGUACAAUGGCUAAAAGGAAAAGCAAUGGACGAUGGCGCUGAAGGCUUGUGGCGAGUGCACGACAGAUUGUAUGAUUUGAAGGAAUUUGUUCAGAACCACCCAGGUGGCUCGGAGUGGUUGGAGCUUACAAAGGGUACCGAUAUUACCGAAGCAUUUGAAUGUCACCAUAUAAAAACAAUAGCAGAGAAAAUCUUACAAAAUUUUUAUGUGAGAGAUGCUAAAGCUCCUAGAAAUUCUCCCUUUACAUUUAAAGAAGAUGGGUUUUUUAAAACAUUGAAAAAAAACGUAAGAGAAGAGCUCGAAAAAAUACCAAAAGAUGUGUCAAAAUAUACUGAUAUGGUCACAGAUGGAUUGCUACUAACCUGUCUCAUAGCAUCGGCGUUGUCAUGUUGGGCAACUAAUUAUUGGCUUGUAAUGGCAUCCUAUAUUGUAGCAUCUGUUUCACUAGCAUGGUUGGUUGUUGCCUCACAUAACUAUAUUCAUAGAAGAUCUAAUUGGAGAAUGUACAUUUUCAAUAUAAGCUUAUGGUCUUACAGAGAUUUUCGAGUGAGUCACGUACUUUCACAUCAUCUUUAUCCAAAUACUUUGAUGGAUUUGGAAAUUAGCGCGUUUGAACCCUUGAUUGAAUUUAAUCCAAGAAGAAACAAACAAUUUUACCACAAGUUUACUUUUUUAUUAGAAUUUAUCGCUUUCCCUCUCAUUUUUGUAUACAAUUUCAUAAGAAGGUUUCUCCUUAACUUUUUAUGCGAUGGAUUUUUUAAAAAUCAUUAUCGUUGGCAUGAUGGCGUGGGAUUUUUAUUACCUACGUGGAUGUAUCUCAUUAGUGGAGCUUGUUUGUACGACGUAUUUAUUAUGUGGCUUUGGAUAAUUUGUACGGGAAGUUUAACCUUUUUUACGAUUGGAUCAAAUGCUGCACACCACCAUCCAAAAAUAUUUAAGGAUGGCGAUCAAAUCAGUGAUGUAACACCAGAUUGGGGCAUGCACGAACUUGAAGCUGUUAUGGAUCGACCUGAUAUCAAUGACAAUCAUUUCAAAGUGAUGACUUUCUUUGGACAUCAUGCAUUACAUCACCUAUUUCCAACUUUAGAUCACGCUGUGUUAAAAUAUUUAUAUCCAGUGUUUUUAGAACACUGUAAAAAAUACCGAGCGAAUUUCCGAUUGACGUCACAGUUAGACCUCUUUCUUGGUCAAAUUAAGAUGACUCAGAAAAAAGAACCAUCACUUCUUAGUGAAAGAUAUUGACCUCAAGCAUUAUAAAAAAAUAUUAAAAUAAAUAUAACAUAA